AAAAAAUUCCCACAACAAAAAGAAACGGCUUGUCGUGUUGGGAAGGGCCGAGUUUUGGGGCGGAGUAGGACUUUUCGCUCUGGCCAUUUGACGUAUUUUAUACAGGAAGGGAUUCCUAAAGGGCGUGUGUAUUAGACUAUUAGGAUACUUUUAUUAUUUCUAGGCGGUCAACGGUUUCGUCUCGCAACCUCAGGCGCCCCUCUCAUCAGCAUUCCCGACACCGGAUUGUCUGGGUGAACAGAGAGAGCGUGACGACGCUGAUAUUAUCUAAUUCUCACCUCAAAUAGACUUUGCACGUAUCCCUUCAUCUCGCAUCCAAAAUGGUGCGUCCAGGGCGUGCGAACCCAUACUCGGCGGCAGCCGUACACGCAGCCUCCGUAACAGACACACGAGAAGACUUGGCUGCGCUCGCUGAUACCUCCCGCUCCGAACCACUAUCCAUCGACGACAUCACACGCAAUCUCACAGGAAGAUUAGCGAAUGGUUUUCACUACACAAAGAUUGGUGCACGGUGUUUGGUGUCACUAAACUCCCCACCAAGUGCGCGGUCAGCGGUCAGCUCAACUUCUGAUCAGUCCAGCAAAGAGUACGCAGAGGCCUUCAAAGGCCAGGAAAACAAAUCCUUGCCGCCCCAUGUAUUCAAUCUUGCUGCGGACGCUUAUAUGCACAUGUUGAGGAACCAAGAGGACCAAUGUAUUGUUCUCAGCGGCGAGAGUGGAUCGGGCAAAUCCGAAUCUCAUCGAUUGAUUGCACGUCACCUUUGCGACCUGAGUAAAACUUCAACAAAAAAGAGCAAGGUCCACUCCGCCGUUCUAAAGGUCGAUUCUGUACUGUCGGCAUUUGGAAAUGCGCAGACGCCAUUCAACAAGGAUGCCAGUUGUUGCAGUCGAUACUCAGAGUAUCAGUUCAACAGCCAGGGCAAAAUGGUUGGUUUGAAGCUUAUUGAUUAUCUUUUAGAAAAAUCUCGAGUUUCCGGUGCAGAAGAUGGUGGACGGAGUUUCCACAUUUUCUAUUACUUAUUGGCCGGCGCUACCCAUGAGGAAAAGAUGCAAUUCCACCUCUCCGACCCCGCUCACUUCCACUACCUCAGUCAAUCCAAGCUUCGGAUAUCUGCGGUGGACAGCAACCUAGCAUUGGAUGAGUUGCGAGACAACAUGAAGGCGCUGGGUAUCGGGCGGAGACAGCAGACUCAGCUGUGGCAAAUACUCGCUGCGAUUCUUCAUUUAGGGAAUGUGACUUUCCACGAUGAUCCCAACAACACUCAAGAAGCGUGUACAGUGCGAAACUACGCUCAGCUCGAGCUCGUGGCCACGUUGCUUGGGCUCCACCCAGCUUCUAUCGAAGCAGUCCUCACAUACCGGACAAAGAUGGUCGGCCGCGAUCUUACUUCCGUGUUCCUCGAUUCUGAGGGAGCUGCGCAGCAACGGGACAACCUCGCUCGUGCGUUGUACUCUGUCACCUUUAGCUGGAUUGUCGAGCAAAUCAACAACAAGCUGUGCCAAGACGAAUCUGUAUGGUCAUCAUUUGUUGCAGUUUUGGAUACUCCUGGUUUCGCUGGACGUGACAUAUCUGGACACGGCUUCCACCGCUUGCUGGUCAACUUUCAAAACGAGAAGCUGCGCAAUUUCAUUAACGAGCAGCUGUUUGAUUUACCCCGUGAAGCGUUUAAGGUUGAAGGACUUGAACCACCAACCAAUAACUAUUUGUCCAACCGCGAGAUUCUGGCUUUGUUGACCAGUCCCAAGUCUGGGAUUUUGCCAUUGGUGGAUAGGGAAGCCGCGCGGGGCAGCAGGGACUCGAAGAUAACCGAAAAAAUAUAUGCGGCUAAUGCUGGAGCUGCAGAAAGCGAUCCGUUCAUUCCCUCACAGAAACCAAAGUACGCCUUUGGUAUCCGUCACUAUGCUGGUAUCGUCGAAUAUGAUACGCAUGGGUUUGCCGAUAGCGAUGCCGAUGUCCUGCAAUCCGACUUUGUUACCCUGGUUCGUGGCAGUCCCGAGCAACCAGGAACCGCCAAUCUCUUCCUGCGAUCCAUGUUCUCUGACCGGCUGGUAGCUACUCAAACAAGCAAGCGUGAUGGAAAGACUGUCAUUGCUGCUAGCAGCAAAUCACGGAACCCGUCAAUGAAGCGCAGGAAGAGCAAGAAGGACGACGAUGAAGAGCAGCAUGUGGACCCUACAGACACAGUCGGCCACCAAUUCCGAAAUGCAUUUGCUGAGCUCCUCGCAACUUUGAACGACACUCAAAGUUGGUUCAUCUUCCACGUGAAAGUUUCGGAUGGAAACAGCAGUCGAUCAGUAGAUCAAGAAACUAUACGCCGACAAGUGGCUUAUUACGAUCUGUCUACACUUUCGUCAAACCCCGCUGUCGUCUACACGGCAGCGCUGCCACACGGCGAGUUCCUGAAACGAUAUGCAGCAGUACUUCCCUCAUCUAGCGGUGAUGCCCGAAGACAGUGCGAGAGUCUCAUACUCAGCAAUGGAUGGACUCGAUCGGAUGCGGUACUGGGCAAGGGCCGAUUGUUCCUUUCCGAACCAACGUGGAGCGCGCUAGAGAGACAACUGAAGACCAUUGAGGAAUCUCAACCGGUGGAGAGGACCUCGAAGGACUCUAGGGAUUCCUACAUGGUCCCAAGCUAUGCCGCCUCUGAAACUGAUUUCGAGGAAGGAUCCAACUUUGAUGACAGUGCCAGUCACUACGAAUCCGAGUUUGAAUAUGAAAGGGAACCUCGCGCGAGCGUGUCUCACAGCACGCUGAAAGGGGAUUUAGAACUGGGAUCUGUAAGCGAGAAGAGCGCGACCCCGCUCUCACGAGCAGUGACCGCCAAGGAAGUACCUGCGGAAAAAGAACCCGUCAAGAAGAAGAAGAUGACGGGAACUAGGUGCCGGUGGUUGGCUUGCACAUGGUUCUCGACGUGGUACAUUCCCCCUUUCUGUCUAUCGAUUUGCGGAAUGAGGCCACGCGACCGACAAAUUGCGUGGCGAGAGAAGGUGACACUCUGCUUCAUCAUUCUAUUGAUGAACGCGAUUAUCCUUUUCUUCAUUAUUGGUCUUGGAUUUGUCCUCUGCCCAAAGAAGAAUGAGUUAUCUCCUGGAGAAAUCACGACUAGGAACAAUUUGGACAGCAAGGCAACAGUUCACAUGUACGGCUCUUACUAUGUUGUUCCCGGCAUCUGGACAACGCAUAAUCAGAACGGUUGGCAGUCCGACAACGACGGAUUCUGGAAGAGUCAAGUUCUAGGUCGAGACGUUAGCCAACUGUUUCCAAAGACGGAUGCCCGUGAUGAUUUCUUCACCACAUACUGUCCCGGAUACACAAAGCCAAACACUUUCGAGCAAUUCCCUAAGGACAUAAAGAACCCAUUGUUCGACACAGGGAGUUGGUUCCCUCACCAACACUCUACUUUUUUGAACAAAGUCAACCAGUACCGUAAGGGCGUAGUGGUUUGGGAUAAGGCCUCAGUUGCGGAGAGAGUCGACAAGCAAAGAAUGCGUUACAUUGUCGCCUACGACAGAGUGUUCGAUGUCUCUGCAAUGUACCUCGGUAACUAUUACGAAACUGUCAAAAUCGCCGGUGGAGUGAACUUUAUGGGUGAUUACAUUUCUCAAUUGAUGGAUCGCUACUCCGCCCCGAGCAACGUCUUUGCCGAUGCAACACCAGCCUUUGAAGUCUUGAAACGUAACAACACGCAGCAAUGGACACAGGCCAUGACGUGCAUGCAAGGGUUGUUUUACGUCGGCAAUGUGGAUCACCGAAACGAUGUGCAGUGCGAGGUUCCCAACUAUAUCAUGGUGGUAGCGAGUUGUAUCGUUGUCAGUGUGAUUGGUUUCAAGUUCUUGGCUGCUCUGCAGUUUGGAGGAAAGAAACAGCCUGAGGAGCACGACAAGUUUGUUAUUUGUCAGGUUCCCUGUUAUACAGAGGGCGAGGUUUCUCUUCUUCGUACUCUCGAAUCAUUGGCUAUGCUCGACUAUGACGAUAAGCACAAGCUGCUUUUCGUUAUUUGCGAUGGUAUGAUUAUCGGUUCCGGCAACGAUCGUCCCACGCCCCGUAUCGUCUUGGACAUUUUGGGCGUUGACCCUAGCGUUGACCCCGAAGCUUUGGCGUUCCAAAGUCUUGGCGAAGGAAACAAACAGUUGAAUAUGGGCAAGGUGUACUCUGGGCUGUAUGAGAUUCAAGGCAGAGUUGUACCGUACAUUGUGGUUGUCAAAGUUGGAAAACCAAGCGAGAGGCAGAGGCCUGGUAACAGGGGUAAACGUGACUCUCAGCUCAUUCUCAUGCGGUUCCUAUCUCGUGUUCACUUCAACCAACCGAUGAACCCUCUGGAGCUCGAGUUGUACCAUCAGAUGAAGAACGUCAUCGGAGUCGAUCCAUCCUUCUACGAGUACACUUUCAUGGUGGACGCCGAUACAGAGGUGUACCCCGAUUCCCUGAACCGUUUGGUAUCGAAUAUGGCUCGCGACUCGAAGGUUGCUGGUAUUUGCGGUGAAACUCAAAUUUCCAACGAGAAGGACUCUUGGGUUUCCAUGAUUCAAGUAUACGAAUAUUUCAUCUCCCAUCAUAUGGCCAAGGCUUUUGAGUCUCUCUUUGGAAGUGUGACUUGUCUUCCCGGCUGUUUCUGUAUGUACCGUAUACGGACGCCAGUGAAGAAUGUUCCGCUUUUGGUCGCCCCUGGUGUCAUCAAGGAUUAUUCAGAAAACGAGGUCGAUACGCUCCACUUGAAGAACCUGUUGCAUUUGGGUGAGGAUCGAUACUUGACAACUCUGAUGCUCAAGCACUUCCCGAACAUGAAGACAACGUUCACUGCCGAUGCAAAAUGUAAGACCAACGCCCCUGAUAAAUGGUCUGUUCUCCUGUCCCAGCGUCGUCGAUGGAUCAACUCGACCGUUCAUAACCUACUCGAGCUGCUCUGGCUUCCGGAAAUGUGCGGGUUCUGCUGCUUCUCGAUGCGCUUCGUGGUCUUUUUGGAUCUGUUUGCCACCUUUGUCCAACCGGCUGCUCUGGUCUACAUUGGUUACUUGAUUUGGGCGCUUGUUACGGAGACCCAGACCCAGUUCCCCUUGAUCAGUAUUAUUAUGAUUGCGGCCAUUUACGGUUUCCAGAUGAUUAUCUUCCUGUUGAAAAGGGAAUGGCAGCACAUUGGUUGGAUGAUUAUUUACAUGCUAGCGAUGCCCAUUUUUGGUGCAUACAUUCCCCUCUACUCCUUCUGGCACUUUGACGACUUCUCUUGGGGUAACACCCGACGAGUUGUCGAGGAAGGUGGAAAGAAGGUGGAAAAAGUCCUUGUUGAGGAGCCAUUUGACCCCGCGAGCAUUCCAGUGCGUAAAUGGUCAGAUUUCGAGGCCGAGCGGCUUGAGCGUGACGAAUUGCAGUCGCACUCCUCAUACCACUCUGGCUCUGGUUCCGGGUCGGGUCGGUCGCGUGGCAAAGCUGGUACUGCGUACGGUGGAUCUGUUUACGGUGGAGCAUCUGCCUAUGGAGGCACCGGUUCUGUCUACGCCGCGUCUGCCUAUGGUGGUUCGCAAUACGGUGGCAUGCCUGUACCGCCCUACCCUGUUGCACCAAGCGUGGCAGGUGGUCCUGAAUACGGCGGUUACAACCCCCGUAUGAGUUGGGGCACCCAGUACACUGGCGUUCCCGACUUUUCCGCUGCUGCACCUCCACCAUCCUCGGGUGCGGCCCCCGUCCGCCGGACCAGCAUGCGAUCACAAUAUACCGCCACAACUGCCGACGCACCCCGUGCCCUCCCCAGCGACGAUGAAAUUCUUCGUCAAGUCCGCCGUAUCCUUUCCACGGCCGACUUGAUGAGCGUGACGAAAAAGAGUGUCCGAGAGGAUCUAUCCGCUUACUUUGGUUGUGAUUUGGGAGCCAAGAAGGAAUGGAUCCACCGGUGUAUUGACGGUGUUUUGAAGGGAGAGUUGUAAUUAGAAAAAGUCGUGAAAUCAUCUGGUGUCACGAUAUGUAUGUGAGAUAUGCCAUAUGGGUAUGGGUGAUACAAAUGUGCAAAAUGGUUGAAAAAGCCUGUUUUCUUAAUGUCUCUAUUAUAUAUAUGUAGUUUUAAAUAUAGCCUCUGUAUCUUGUCAGUGUACGAAUGGGUAUUUGGCAAAUCGUUUGUAUUUUCGUUU